AGCCCCAAAAGCAAGGAAACUCAAUAAUGGCGAUUGCCUACGACUGGAAAAGCAGUGAUGGCUUUGAUGCCGACUUUGGCUGGAAUCGCUCCUUCUCCGAGCCGGAUCUCACAGCCAACCAGAAGAACCAGGGCGACCUUAGCCGGUUUGCCAUCAAGCAUCCGCACGAGUAUAUAGCCGUUGAUGACCUCAAGUACUUCCGUCGCCGCCAGCCCGUCCAGCUGCACACGCGGAGCAACGUCUGUCUGUACAAUAGCGACGAGCCAGUGGUCAGUUUUGGAUCCUUGAAGAGCGAGUAUCGCAAGCACUUCCGUGGCCAAGGCCCACAAAACCGUCCCAGAUCCCUGCUGAGGCGAUCGACGUCGCUGCGUCUGGAGGGAUUAAUGCAGCUGCUGUCGGAGCACCAAGAGAAAUACCACUGGUACACGCCCGAGGAUCUGCAAUUCUCCCGCACCUUUCCGGUUCGCAAUCCCGAGAACUUGCAGUUGGGCAACGGCGGCGGAGCCAGCAGAGAGGCCACCAGUGGCGCCGAUGGCAUGAAGAACUCCUCGUACCUCAUGGCUCCCAUGGUGGAUCCCAGCGCCAAGAUCUUGCCUCGUGAGGUUUUCCUCGACGAGUCAGAGCUGGCGGCUAGGAAUCACAACCAACCCACCAGCAAGCUGGCCGCGGACAAGUUCCGUCGCGAUGUGGCCGCCCAGGAGCAGCAGCGGUGCCACCUGCAGAUGCGGGCCCAGGCCGUGGACCGUGAGCAGCAGGGUCAGCAGCCGGAGCCGUCCGAGUACCGUCGCCAGUUCGUCCAACAGUUCCCCGAGAAGGCGCACUCCAUACCCCAGAUGAGCAGCAUCAAGAUUCAGGGGGAGUUUGUGGCCGUGCCGGAGUACAGGGACAGCUUCCGAAUGUAUGCCAACUACUCGAAAAGUGCUCCGAUUAAGAAGGACGACAACCUGCGCGUGUCCGGCUCCGAGGGUGCCUGUGAGCCUAGCCCCGAGGUGCCGGAGUAUCGCGACAAAUUCAUCGACCCACCCAAGCACGUGGCCAAAGAGAAGUCCCUCAAGACGGAUGACCAUCUGCGUCCGCGCGGGGAGUUCACCAAAGAGAUUCCCGAGUACCACGAGAGCUUCCGAGACCCGCACAUCACCGAGAUGCCGGAGCGUGGCAAGCCGCGGGAGCCCUUUCUCCGGCUGCGCGGCAAGAUCGAAUUUAAUCCGGAGUAUCGCAACAAUUACCAGGAUUUUCCCCGCUCCCGUCCCGUAGUCCAAAAGCCCACCUCCUGCUUCCGGCUGCCCACCUCGGGCAUGAAUCACGCCCUCUCUGUACAGCAUCAUCAGGCGGGUGAGGAUCUGGAGACGCCUGUCCUGGUGACCGUUCCUCCCUCGGAGGUCACAGCCACGCCAGAGUACCGCCGGGCCCAGUACAACUAUCAGCUAAGAGAGCGUCCAAGGGAAUUGGAUGCAGGUCCCUCAGGGAUGCCUGGCAGCCUGCGCAAAAGCUCGGAUUCCUCAUUGGAGGCACGACAGCCUCAGGCUCCGCACAAGCGCAGAACCUCGCGUCAGCGUGGACAGAUCAAGGAGCCAGUACAGCCCACGGCGGCGGCGGCUCACUUUGAGGAUGUGGGCGGCAAUGCAGCCAAGAAGCCAGCCAGAUAUGGCCGGAGAGCCUCUGUCCUGCAGAAUGCCUCCAACUGCCGGGAUAACUCGUCGAUCAUCGAGGGGAAUCCCAAGUAUGCCGUGGGCUGUCGCCGCUCGAAGCAGCCGCAGCAGCAGCAGCCAGCAGGAGCCUUUGUGGUCCUUGACGAGCCCUGCAAGCCUUCCAACUGGAUGAAAAAGACCUGGUACGACUCCUAG